AUGGUCAGAGGCUGUCCUGUGACCCAUGUUCCCUGCGACCCGGAAAUCAUUGCGGGAAAGCACAGAAGGCGCCGGCUUCUGCCACCGAAGGUCCCGCUGCACCCGUCCGCUGCAGCAGCAGCGGUAGCAGCGGAACGCGCAGCUCCCGGUGUGAUAACUCCGGCUGCUCCCCAACAAGAUCUUACUUUGUUUGAAGCCUAUAAAGAUCUGCAGCUACGGUGGAAGCGAACAACAAGGCAGUCUCGUAAAAAAUUCAGUAUCGCGAGAAAAUGGAGACAGCGUUUGGCGUGCCGGCCACAGCCCGAACCUAAGUGGCUCCUUUUCCUCCACCCACAGAUGGGCAAAGGGGCCACUGAAGGGCCUCGGGACCAGAAAAUCGGCCGACGUCGGGCCGCCGUGCCUCAACAGCCAGAUUCAGAACACCCUACACAGACGCAUGAGCAGGCAAGAGAACACAGUGGCUUGCAACAAGGAAACCAAAUCGAAGACGGCCAAGAGGAAAAAGAGCAACGCCCUGUAGGGCAGCAACAGGUGAUAGCUCCAGCAGAAAACCUUGGAGCAUUCCAGCGCUUCCAGGGGACUCACAGCGAGCGACCGUCUUUUCGCCUCUCGUACGACCCCAAGGAAAUAUUCUGUGUCUUCAAGAGCAGCGCUUCCGCGCAGCACAAGGUGACAGUGGGAGAUCUCGUGCAAACUGAGAAACUGCAUAGAAAACAGGCCGGCGACAAGGUUGUGUUUGGAACGGUUCUGAUCGCCGGUACACGCGAGUGGACUGUACUCGGCAAGCCCACGGUUCCGUUUGUGCGCGUGAAGGGGGUUAUCGAGCAACAGACUCUAUGUGGGGAGACCCUAAGUUUCCGGUACAAGAAAACGAGGAGGUCGUCUCGCUUUCUCAGGAUUCGCCACUGGGUGACUAUGAUUAGAAUAGAGGAGAUCGAAGUCGAUGUGCAAAUGAAGGAAGACCCCCCAAUUCAACGUCCCAAACGUUUGUUGGAUCUUUGGGCCAACCGCUGGCUCUACCCUGAGGAACUAGAGGGCAUUAGAACUGACGCCAAUGGAAGACCUCUAGUAGAGGCUAUUUACAAUGGCGAAGAGCACCAGCAGGGCACAUAUCACCGAAGAGGCUUGGCAGCUUGUUACAGGUGGUUGCCCGACCCAAAAGCAACGCACUGGAAACGCUGA